GGGCCGCAGCGCGCACGGACCCUCGGACGUUUGAAGAGCGGCGACCCCUCCUGGACGCUUGGCCGGGCGCCGGACUGGGGACUAGCCCUCGCUCUCGUCGGCGCUCCGCUCUCUUCAGCGCGCCGGCGGGACCAUGAAGAAGUUCUCCCGGAUGCCCAAGUCCGAGGGCGGCGGCGGCGGCGGCGGCGGCGCGGCGGGUGUUGUGGUAGCCGGAGCCGGCUCCGGCUCUGGUGGCUCCACUGUGGGGGUCCGGGUGUUCGCGGUUGGGCGCUACCAGGUCACCCUGGAGGAGUCGCUGGCCGAAGGUGGAUUCUCCACAGUUUUCCUGGUGCGGACUCAUGGUGGCAAAAGGUGUGCAUUGAAGCGAAUGUAUGUCAAUAACAUGUCAGACCUCAACACUUGUAAAAGGGAAAUUACAAUUAUGAAGGAGCUAUCUGGUCACAAAAAUAUUGUGGGUUAUUUGGACUGUGCUGUUAAUUCAAUUAGUGAUAAUGUAUGGGAAGUGCUUAUCUUAAUGGAAUACUGUCGAGCUGGGCAGGUAGUGAAUCAGAUGAACAAGAAGCUGCAGACAGGUUUUACGGAACCAGAAGUGUUACAGAUAUUCUGUGAUACCUGUGAAGCUGUUGCAAGGUUGCAUCAGUGUAAGACUCCAAUAAUUCACCGGGAUCUGAAGGUAGAAAAUAUUUUGUUGAAUGAUGGUGGAAACUAUGUACUUUGUGACUUUGGCAGUGCCACUAAUAAAUUUCUUAAUCCUCAAAAAGAUGGUGUUAAUGUAGUAGAGGAAGAAAUUAAAAAGUAUACAACUCUGUCAUAUAGAUCCCCUGAAAUGAUCAACCUUUAUGGAGGGAAACCCAUUACCACCAAGGCUGAUAUCUGGGCAUUGGGCUGUUUACUUUAUAAACUUUGUUUCUUCAAUCUUCCUUUUGGUGAGAGUCAGGUUGCUAUCUGUGAUGGCAGCUUCACCAUUCCAGACAAUUCUCGUUACUCUCAUAAUAUACAUUGCUUAAUAAGGUUCAUGCUUGAACCAGAUCCAGAGUGUAGACCUGAUAUAUUUCAAGUGUCCUAUUUUGCAUUUAAAUUUGCCAAAAAGGAUUGUCCAGUCUCCAACAUCAAUAAUUCUUCUAUUCCUUCAGCUCUUCCUGAACCGAUGACUGCUAGUGAAGCAGCUGCUAAGAAAAGCCAAAUUAAAGCCAGAAUAACAGAUACCAUUGGACCAACAGAAACCUCAAUUGCACCAAGACAAAGACCAAAGGCAAACUCUACCACUGUCGCUCCCAGUGUGCUGACCAUUCAGAGCUCAGCAACACCUGUUAAAGUCCCUGCUCCUGGUGAUUUCAGUAACCACAAAUCAAAAGGAGCACCAAGUUCUGGAAAUGGCCCUGAGAUUUUAUUGGGUCAGGGGCCCUCUCAGCAACCUCCACAGCAGCAUAGAGUACUUCAGCAACUACAACAGGGAGAUUGGAGAUUGCAGCAACUUCAUUUACAUUAUAGUCAUCCUCACCAACAGCAACAGCAACACCAAUUACUUCAGGAUGUUUAUGUGCAGCAGUAUCAGCCUGCAGUGCAGCAGCAACAGAUACUUCAACAACAGUUUUUAACGCAUUCACUGUAUCAGCAGCAACCUUCUGCAACACAAUACCCUACAAUAAUGCAGCAGUAUCAGCAGGCUUUCUUGCAGCAGCAGGUGCUAGCUCAAUAUCAGCAGUCUCAACAACAGGCAUCACCUGAGUAUCUUGCCUCCCCUCAAGAGUUCUCACCAGCCUUAGUUUCCUGCACUUCAUCACUUCCAGCUCAGGUUGGAACCAUAAUGGACUCCUCUUAUGGUGCCAGUAGGUCAGUUGCUGAUAAAGAGGCAGUUGCAAGUUUUGUAAAUCAGAAGAACAUCAGUAACCCCCUUGAUAUGUCAGGGUGGAAUCCUUUUGGAGAGGAUAAUUUCUCCAAGUUAACAGAAGAGGAGCUGUUGGACAGAGAAUUUGACCUUCUAAGAUCAAACAGGCUCAAGGAGAGAACAUCCUCAGAUAAGAAUGUAGACCCACUUUCUGCUCCACUUAACCAUCCUCCAGAAGAUCCUUUUGGUUCUGUUCCUUUCAUUUCUCACUCAGGUUCUCCUGAAAAGAAAGUUGAACAUUCUUCUAGGAAUCAAGACAAUAGCACUGUAGACCCUGUCAAGAAUGGAAAAGCAAGUAUAGUUUAUAAAGAUCACCGGAUUGGAAAGAAAACCUCAGAGAAUUCAGCAGUAGAGGGUCAAGUACAAAAAGGGAAUGAUGAAUCUGAAAGUGAUUUUGAAUCAGAUCCCCCUUCUCCUAAGAGCAGUGAAGAGGAGGAGCAAGAAGAUGUUCUUCAGGGAGAACAAGGAGAUUUUAAUGAUGAUGAUACUGAACCAGAAAAUCUGGGUCAUAGGCCUCUCCUCAUGGAUUCUGAAGAUGAGGAAGAAGAAAAACAUAGUUCGGACUCUGAUUAUGAGCAGGCCAAAGCAAAGUAUAGUGAUGUGAGCCCUGUCUAUAGAGACAAAUCAGGGAGUGGGCAAAUCCAAGAUCCUAACAUAACAAUCCUCAACCCAACCCAGCUGCCCCCUGAUGUUGGGGUGGAGACUGUCAAACAGGAGUUUGAUGUAUUUGGCGCUGUCCCCUUCUUCGCAGUGCGUGCUCAACAACCCCAGCCAGGAGCAAAUGAAAAGAACAUCUCUCAAGAGACCCAUUUUUCUACUGUGGGACUAGAGCAAGAAGAAAUUGAUGUAUUCACAAAGGCACCCUUUAGCAAGAAGUUGAAUGUACAAGACUGCCGUGCAGUAGGGCCCGAAGCACAUAAUCUCCCUGGUUGUCCCAAAAGUGUAGAUGUAUUUGGCUCUACUCCAUUUCAGCCUUUUCCCACAUUAACAAGUGAAAGCAAAAGCAAUGAGGACCUUUUUGGGCUUGUGCCCUUUGAGGAAAUAACUGGGAGUGAGCAGCAAAAAGUCAAACAGCGCAGCUUACAGAAACUGUCCUCUCGCCAAAGGCGCACAAAGCAGGAUAUGUCAAAAAGUAAUGGGAAGCGACAUCAUGGCACACCGACUAACACAAAAAAGACUUUGAAGCCUACCUACCGCACCCCAGAGAGGGCUCGUAGGCACAAAAAAGUGGGCCGCCGAGACUCUCAAAGCAGUAAUGAAUUUUUAACAAUUUCAGACUCUAAGGAGAAUAUUAGUGUUGCGCUGACUGAUGUAAAAGACAGGGGAAAUGUCCUGCAACCCGAGGAGAGUCUGUUGGACCCCUUUGGGGCUAAGCCCUUCCAUCCUCCAGACUUGACCCGGCACCCUUCACAUCAAGGCCUGAGCGACAUUCGUGCUGACCACAAUACCGUAUUGCCCGGGCGGCCAAGACAGAAUUCACUACAUGGGUCAUUCCAUAGUGCAGAUGCGUUGAAAAUGGAUGACUUUGGCGCCGUGCCCUUUACAGAACUUGUGGUGCAAAGCAUCGCUUCACAUCAGUCCCAACAGUCCCAAUCAGUUGAAUUAGACCCAUUUGGUGCUGCUCCAUUUCCUUCUAAACAGUAGAUACUUCUGAUGGAUUCUUGGCAUUAAUUCCUGUUUCAAAAAAGUACGAAUAGUUCAUUUUAUGAAUUUGAAAGAAAAUUAUUUGUAUAGCUUUUUAUAUCAUCCAUUCUUACAGGUCAAUCAGAAUAAGUAAGUGAUUUUUAAAUAAACCAAAUAGAAAAAGGAAAUAUUUCCACAGGGUAGUAACCUGAUGUCUCUUAAAAAGACUUCUUCCAAGCAGGAGAAAAGGGAGUUAAAUUGUAAGCACUAACCAAGGGUUUCAGCUACUGACAUGACAGCACAGAAAUGCAAGUGUGAUACUUCCAGUGAAAGCAUGUGAACAUUUCCAGUUAUGUAGCCACUGGGAGGUAACUGAAAGCUACACAGUUACUUUGAUAAGAAAAUGAAUCCAGCAUUUAAAAGUCAAGUUAUUCUGUAUAUACACAGGUUGAGUUUGUGAAAUUUUUAAAAGUCUCUUCUAAUUUCCACAUGGUAAAAAACAAUCUAGUUCUCUAAAGAAUUAAAAAGUUGUUAUUUAGAGAGUGCAGAGAUUUCAUCCUUAUAUCUUUUUCUACAAAGCAGAGCCAGAAUUGUCUGACUAUUGUGCCUAAAACUGUUUCAUUUUAAAAAACAAGUGCCAUUAAUAUGGAAUUUCUACAUAGAAGCCUAGAACAAAAACUAAAAGAGAAAUUUCUGACAUUUGGAAAAUAUAAAAAAAAAAUGAAGUGGAAGAGAGAAAAAACAUUCAGUACUUCAGAAACAGUUUAUAUUCUGUUUGUAAAUAGUUUGCUCACCUAAAACUUAUAUUAUCAUGCCUCUAAUAGAGUAGAUUAUUGGAAAAACUGGGAGCAAGGCCAAGGGUUAUAUAAAAAUUUUAUUUCAGGAAAAAUGUAGCUGAAAUCCUGGGUUUUAAAAGAAGUUUACAAAGUAAAAUCAUGUUGCAUUUAAUAACAUAUUUUUAUUAAAGUGCCGCCACCACCAAAUAUUCCCCAAGUUGUGAGCAACAAUUGUAGUUAGGUUUGGAGGGUAGAAUAGUUAGAAUAAAGUGCACUGAACAGUGAAACCCACAAAGCCUUAUGGGCAGGACUCACACAUCUUGCCGCAAGUACCUCUGCACUAAUAUACGAAUCUCACAUGGAUAUAAAGUAUUAGAUGGUGAGGGACUAGCAUCUUAACUAUGCUAGUUGAUUAUACCUUUAGUGAAAAGAACCCAGCUACCAAAUUGCCUUUCUUUACUGCAAAGGUGGUAAAGAAACUUGACAUUUUAUAGAAAUUGUGUUUAAUGACUUAAUGUGAAUACCUAUCUGUGCUGUCUCCAACUAUUUUCAGUUAUGAUUUAAUGUUAAUCAAAUUAACAUUUAGAAGUUCCUAAAUCUAUUAAAGCUAUUUACAAAAAGGGGUGGAAACUCUUAUCAGCUGGCACUUUUCUUGAUUGCUGUAUGUUAAAUUAACUAAAUCCAACUAAAGUUAUUUUAUGAGUAAUUUUAUUAGAAUCCCUUAAUUAUAGUACCCUGAAUGGGAUAAGCUAUUUGUCCAUUUCCAUAGUUCUGAAUUUCAAAACAAGCAAGGUGUAUGUAACUAAAUCAUAUAUUCAUCUUUAUUGCUUCUCUUUUCUCUUUUAUAUCCUAAGACAGGUAAACAUGUGGGGAAACAAUGUAUGACUCACAGUGUAGAAGAGGCAGAUCAAGAGUUGCAUUACUACUUAGAGUUUUACUUUUAGAGCUGGACUGCAUGAGACUGACUGUCCUACUCGACUGGAUCUUUUUCAAUUAUUUGUCCCUGUGCCAAAGGCAAAUGUUAUGUUAGCACCUUUUUUUCCCCUGAUUUUCAGGUUGGUUAAUAGUGCUAAUGCAAAUGCUCUUUAAAGAAGAAGAUGCUCGUUAAAGAAGAUGCGCUUUAAAACUUUACAAAGUAGAUUCAAAUGAAGAGUUGAUGACUCCACAUAAUAAAUUCAUAAACUGCAGUAGGUUUGUAUCAAACAGAAGAUUUUUUUAAAAUGAAAAUAUGUUGGUAGACACGUACACAUAUGCUUCUUUGAUUAUUUUAGUCCCUGAUGUUAAGUCUCUGCUAGCUCUCAUGAAUUCGUCAUUUGGAAGAAGUAAUAGGUAAACUAGUGUAGCCUCCUUGGGUUGUAAAUGCAAAAUACCAGAGUCUAUCUGAUAGUUAAGACUUCGCUUACACUUGAUUCAAUCAUUUGAACUCAUGUAGACACUUGACUCAUAAUGUUGGAUAAAUUAUCAGGAAGGAAUUUUGACCUAACUUAAAAUAUCUACUCUUUCAUAUAUGAUAGUAGAGCCCAGUGAUUUUCCUCUUGAGAGUGUAGCUCAGAGAAAAGAUUUAGGAUUCAGAAUAGAAGUGGGGAGAUUCCUUUGUUUUCAAGUACAGGCAUUUUCCCAAGGAGUAUUGAUUUAGGGUUGCUUCCCAUUUUCAGUCAUCCCUAAAUCUAUUAAAAAUUUAUCCCUCCCACUGCCAUCAUCAAACUGUAGGUUACUCCAUGCAAUAGAUGCCUAGGUAACGGCUUUAUGAGAACUCUGAGAUGAAAGCUCACAAGAUGUGAAAGUGUUUAUACCUGGCACACACAACUCAGUAAAAGGUUGAUUCUGUUAUGGGAUGGUCCAACACUAGUUUAAGAAGGAAAGUAGAAAAAAAUGAUUUCCAUAUUAUUAUUCAGGUGUCCUCUGCUGCUUUAGGGUGUAAAGUAAUCAUAACUCUAAACCUGUUAUACUUGAACAUCACUAAGGAAAGUAAAAUAUUAUGAAGCUAGCAAAAUUUUGUGGCCAAAGUUCUUUCCUAACAGCUUUAGUAAUGCUUGUUGAUUCUAAAUAAUCUUUUCAAAAGUGGACCAUUUGCUUAAUUAUUUUACUAUUAUUAUAUCAAUAAAAUGCUAUAUUAAAAAGAUGAGCUUUUAUGGCACUAAAGAAUGUAUUCAGACACAAAAGUUGCUUGGUAUAUAUGUAUAUUUGGUGGAAUAGAAAAAGUUGUAGGCUGGAUGAAAACAGAACUGACCAGAUUAAUUAUUCAGAAAGUAUCAAUCAGGAAAUAGUGUAAUUCUACCACCUUCCCCAUCUACCCAAAUACCCUGUGUCUGUGUGUAUUUAGACAUAGUUAUGACAUUAUCUGGAAUUGCAGAUAGAUGCAUCUUUCAAUCCAACCCUGAUUAUUGUUUGACAGUGCUAGAUUGUUGUCAUCUUGCUUAUGGAAAAUAUAAGGUGGAGCCCAUUCUUCUGUUCUGAUGUUCACCGGUCAGAGCAGCUUUCUUAUUGUUCCACUACUCUGCUUGGUUUAUUUUAAGUUUUGGUACUUCACAUAAACUCUGUUACAAGGUACAAGUGUAUUACUAUCACUAGCUCCAGGGAGUUUGAGUACAUUUGUUUUAAUAUAUGUAAAAUGGGCAGUGAACUUUUUACUCUUUUUUUUUUUUUUUAAGCAAAACUACUCAUGAUUUUAAGUCCAAUUACUAAGAUGACAGAUCUACUGUGAGAAUGAAAUGACAUAUCUACUGUGAGAAUAACAUAAAUAAUAGUUUAUUUGAAAACUUUUAUACUCAGUGGUGUUUUAUAUAUUAAGAUAAAUAUAUACACAUACAUGCAUAUCACAUAUCUCUACUGUGGAGUUAAUGUGAAUUUUUUAAAAAUGUAAAAAAGUAUAAUUGCAACCACAAUCAUAUCUAAAAGAACAUUCACUCCUAGUGCGGGUUUACAAAAGCCACUAAAAGAAUAAGGUAGUCAGAUGAAAAUGCAAAGGUCAUCAUUUGGAGUCAUUUUUGUUUUUAAAUUUAUAGUGCUACUUUUGAAACAAUUGUUUUUAUUACUAUGCUCUUUUUGUGAUUUGAAAAGUGGUCUAAUAGUAAACAGUAUAGAAGCUACUUUUUAAUUGCUGGUAAACAGCUUUAAGUGCACUUUCUUUGAUUACACUUCCAUUUUUUGUUAAACUUGAAUUUUCUGAAGCCUUUUAUGUACCACUAAGCAAAUAACUUUAACUUUUAAAUAAACCUGAUUUACAUCUUUAUUAUAUUUUUAAUUGUUAGAAAACAUACUUUUAAAGUGACUUCAAUCCUCAAAUAUAGGUGGGAAACUGGUAUGAGAUAGAAUCAGUUGCUUUUUUUUCCCCUAUAAUUAAGCACUAACUGAUUUUACUACUUUAUUGCCUUUACAUUGCUUUUUCUUAUUGACUGAAUUCUGUCCCUCAUUCAUUUUGUUUUGUUUGAAAUUUAAAGUUAUUUUCUUACUGUAUUUAUCAUACCUACCGUUUUAAUAAUCUGCUUUCUUUAAAUGCAAUAAAUCCCAAAUGGAUUGCAUAUUCUUUAUAAUCAGUGACUUCAGAGUUUUUCAUUUGUCUUAUUAAAAGUUUUGCAUAUGAGCCCUCUAUUCAUUUCUUUCAUUCACACCACAGACAUUAAGCGCCGAUUAUGUACCAGCUAGUAUAAGAGAAAAAUGAAUAAAAUUAAAUCCCUGUUCUUAAGGAUCCCCCUCCCUGUUUAAGUAAAAAAAAAAAUUUUUUUGGUCUAGCAUUUUUGCAAAAAACCAAUAGAACAAUUUGCUGUCAUUACAAUUAUUACUAAUUCUUUAAACUUAAGACUGACUGAAGUGCCUUUUGAAUAAGUUUGGUAUAGUUUUUGCAUUAUGUCUAAUUAUUUUCGAACUCUUUAAAAAUUGGCAGCAUAUAU